AUGAACUUCAUUCUGAGGGUCAGUCUCCUCAUGUUGAUCAUCCUCGUCGGCGAGCUGGCAGGCUCGGAAGCAUGGACGGAGUACUUUAAUGGUUGGGCCGAACGCGCGCCCGGGCUCAAUGACAUCUUCCCUCCCUCUUGUUCAUCGGCGACCACGGUGGCUGGACAAGCUGAUCACCAUCAACCAUCCUCAGCCGAUCAUUUAUACCCUGUCGGUCUGCCAGCCGGGUCAUCAGCUAGCCACCACUUGCCCCUCCCAGCCCAUUAUCCUGCCAAACCUGCUGCUGAAGAACGUCCCACCAACUCCCAGGCUGCUCUGAACGUGUCGGUUGACUAUGACGAACUAUGUGAACCCGGGUUCUGCGCCCACGACUUCGACGUCCUUGCAGAGUUCCUCGCAGGCGGAACACCAGGCCCACAUGGCCAGGCACACCCUGGUCUGCCGCAUCUAUCGGAAAGUCACAGCCAUACCAUCGGAGGCGGUCCGUCAGGCGUACCCGCCGCAUCGGAGUAUCCCUUCCCACCCUCAUCCGACCUCACCCCCGGACCCAACCAAAGACCUCCUCGUAAGCGGAAGCAAGAUCUCGAGACUUUGCCGGAACGCUCUCGUCAAAUUACCCGCCAGAAGAAACCACGGCGCGGCAAAACCCGGUUGCACUGUCACAUCCCAAUUACUUCGCCUGGUAUGCCGCACGUAUGGGAUAGUCAUACUCAUAAAAUCGCAGGCCCUGGUUUGCCAUACAUGCCCACCCUCUCGGGGUAUUUAUUCCCGCCCUCAGAUCCCCGCCAGAAAAAGCCACGGGGCUCCCCAACCAAAUUGGAGAUCCCACUUCCUGAUAGCCAACGGCAAGAGUUCUCUGAAAGGUUACAUCCACAGGGAGCACUAGUGUUUUAUUGGACUGACUUUGCACCUAAUGAUCCAUCGGAUCUCGUUCAACAAAUGGAAGUAGAUCGGAUCGUUACACAGCCCCAAGCGAUCCGGAACAAGCAACUCGUCAUCCCCGAAAGUGAAUUCAUCGAUACCGAUCGGUAUCUUCGGUUUGUCCAUACGUCCAGGUCUUCAAAGCCACCCCGAUCUGUCGAUUUACGUGGUUCUGUCACUGUCAAGCCGCCCGGGUCUUUCGAGUCAUGCACCGACGACAAAGCUGCACACUACCCAGGUCCAAGAAGGAGGAGAUUGGCGAAAAAACUGCUGGACUUUGUGCCUCAUUAUAGGCAUUGGUAUCAACAUUGGUUCGAUGAAACUGGGAUAGACUUUGAAAACAAUCUCCUUGAACCUCACUUUACCGGUUGCCAGGACGCCGGGGUCCUCUUCCCCCUCUAUCUCUUUUAUGUUGAGAUGAUAUAUUCAAUUGUACCGCGGAAGGAGGAGGUAACCCUGGAAAUUGAACUAAACCGGGCCCGAGAAUCCUUCAACUACUGGACAAAGAUCUACAAUGACCCAGAUUCACGCAGUAAUCCGCAGUUCAAAGAGACCGUCGAAAUACUCAGCAAACAGAAAGCUCGUCGCGGACCCAUUAAAUUUCUUCCACUCAUGUGGAGUUAUUUGGAGUUGUGGAUGGUCACUCAUAGGAAUGGAGUUUUCCAGAAGGAGACAAAUCAUGUUUCAAAGUUAGUCAAAGAAUUCUUUAAUAAUGUCUUCACCUAUUCCUACUCAGCUCAGCAUCACAGAUACAUUGAUAGGAUAACAGCUCAACAACCUGGCAAAAUAGACUAUAUCAACAGCUUGACAACAUAA